UGGCUGAGAAGGCAGGGCCUUAUACGUCUGCACGCUGCUGUGUUGUCAUUCGCAGUGGGUAGAGGACGCGGUCAAGAUGGCGGCAGUGUCUGGUCUGGUGCGGAGACCCCUCCAGCAGGUCUCUGGGAUUCUAAGGAGGUGUUUCCAUCGGACGGCGCCGGCGGCCCUGCAGGUGACAGUUCGUGAUGCCAUAAAUCAAGGUAUGGAUGAGGAGCUGGAAAGAGAUGAGAAGGUAUUUCUGCUUGGGGAAGAAGUUGCUCAGUAUGAUGGUGCAUACAAGGUUAGUCGAGGCCUUUGGAAGAAAUAUGGAGAUAAGAGGAUCAUAGACACUCCCAUAUCUGAGAUGGGCUUUACUGGAAUUGCUGUUGGUGCAGCUAUGGCUGGGUUGCGGCCUAUUUGUGAAUUUAUGACCUUCAACUUCUCCAUGCAAGCCAUUGACCAAGUUAUAAACUCAGCUGCCAAGACCUACUACAUGUCAGGGGGCCUUCAGAGUGUGCCCAUAGUCUUUAGGGGCCCCAAUGGUGCUUCAGCAGGUGUAGCUGCUCAACACUCACAGUGCUUUGCUGCCUGGUAUGGGCACUGCCCAGGCUUAAAGGUGGUCAGCCCCUGGAAUUCAGAGGAUGCCAAGGGACUUAUUAAAUCAGCCAUUCGAGAUAACAAUCCAGUGGUGAUGUUAGAGAAUGAAUUGAUGUAUGGUGUUCCUUUUGAACUGUCCUCGGAAGCUCAGUCAAAAGAUUUUCUGGUUCCUAUUGGAAAAGCCAAAAUAGAAAGGCCAGGGAUAAAUGUAACUGUUGUUUCCCAUUCAAGACCUGUGGGCCACUGCUUAGAAGCUGCAACAGUACUAUCUAAAGAGGGGAUUGAAUGUGAGGUGAUAAAUAUGCGUACCAUCAGACCACUGGACAUGGAAACAAUAGAAACCAGCGUCAUGAAAACAAAUCAUCUUGUAACUGUGGAGGGAGGCUGGCCACAGUUUGGAGUAGGAGCUGAAAUUUGUGCCCGGAUUAUGGAAGGUCCUGCAUUCAACUUCCUGGAUGCUCCUGUAGUUCGUGUCACUGGUGCUGAUGUCCCUAUGCCUUAUGCAAAGAUCCUAGAAGACAACUGUGUACCUCAGGUUAAAGACAUCAUAUUUGCAAUUAAGAAAACAUUAAAUAUGUAAUUUAGAUGUUCAAGUCAUUGGGAUUUACUUAAAAUAUAUGCUGACUCUACCUGGAUUAUACUGUAAGACCUUGUAAUUCGUAAAGUUAUCUUUAAAGCAACAACACAGCAGUUUUUGUAUUGGGAAGAAGUUUAAAUGUGCAUAUCUGUGGAAAAACUCUCCAAUCCUACCCUCAGCCCCAUUUUUUUUUUUUAAUGUUACAGUUGCCAUGCUCUUUGAAUAAGACUAAUGUUAAAACUUGACUCUCUUAUUAGGACAAGAAUAUGGCAUUCUUGACAAAAGAUAACUUAUAUGUAAAAAAUAAAAAGCUUAUAAUACA